UGUGAGUCCUCUGCCUACUAGGACUAACCCUUUGGGCUUCCCUUUCUGUCCUUGUUGAAUCCAGUUUGUGCAAGAACUCUCCACUCUUGGCAUCUUAAUCCAUUUUUUGUUGCUAUAACAGAAUACCAAACACUGGGUAAUUUAUAAAGGAAAGAAAGUUAUUUUUUGCAGUUCUGGAGUCUGGGAAGCCCAAAGUCGAGGGGUUGCAUCUGGUGAGGGCUUUCUUAAACUGCAUGGUAGAGAGCCUCUCACGAUGAGAAAGCAAGAGCAUGUGUGCCAGCUCAGAUCACUCUUCCUUUUCUUAUAAAGCCACCAGUCCCAUCACAGGGUCCCUACCCUGACGAUUUUAUCUAAUCCUAAUCGCCCCCUCAAGGCUCCACCUCCAAAUACCAUCAACAUAUGAACUUCAGGAUUGAGUUGCCAACGUAUGGAACUUCGGGGACACAGUCAAACCAUAGCACUCGGUAUCUGACCACCCUCAACAUCUUAGCACCCUGUCCUGCUUUCAGCAAUAAUCCUGUUAGGUCAGUUUAGCAAGAAACUUCUUAUCCUUGAUGUUUCUCUUAGUAGUUUUCCGUCCACUGACCCUCAUCCUGCUCUUUGGUUAUAAAUUCCCACUGUUUCUUGUUGGAGUCAGAGUUGAGUCUAAUUCCUCUUCUUCACUGCAAGAUCUGGUUGUAGUGGUCCCUGUAACUAUCACCAUGGGCUCUCUUACAUAAAGUCUGCCUUACCAUCUUUAAUUACUACCAUGAACAAAUUUUCCUUUAACACUUUUCAGCAUUUAUUUCUCUAUAUUUGUCUAUUGUUUGUCUGACCCACCAAGCACUGUUAUGUACCAUGACUGCAGACACUUGUUUCUCAUUUUAUCCCACUGCUUGGUGCACAGGAGACAUUUAUUAAAUGUUUGUUGAAUGAAUGAAUGACAAGCACUUGUCACAACGGUAACUCUCUGAAGACUAGGAUCCUAUCCAUUUUGUUCAUUAUAAAAUUCCGCCUAAGCCUUGAACAAGGCUAUGAGUUAUAAGUGCAAAGCGAUUUAGAGGAAGGAGGGGUAACUAAACUGACUGAAGAAGCUAAGGGAAGCCUCACAGAUAAAAUUACAUCUAAACUGAAACUGAAAGGAAGGAAGAAAAUUAAAAAGAUCAACAAGGGAAGGACUACAGACAGAACAUCGCGAGGUAUUGGUCAGCUAAGAUGGCUUCUAACACUGGCUGCCACACUUAAUAUGGCGGCCAGGGAAAUUUCCUGGAGAAAAUCACGCGAGAGUUGCAUCACGGCGGCUGUCCGCGAGUUAAGCUGGGGGUGUGGAGCAGCCAAGAUGGAGCCGGCAGCCGGCGGUCCGGGCCCACUGAUCGUGAACAACAAACAGCCCCAGCCUCCGCCACCUCCGCCGCCCGCAACCGCACAGCCACCACCCGGGGCACCGCGGGCCGCCGCGGGCCUCCUGCCUGGGGGCAAAGCCCGCGAGUUCAACCGCAACCAGCGCAAAGACUCAGAGGGCUAUUCGGAGUCACCAGACCUGGAGUUUGAGUAUGCUGACACGGACAAGUGGGCUGCAGAGCUCUCGGAGCUUUACAGCUACACGGAAGGGCCAGAAUUCCUGAUGAAUCGAAAAUGCUUUGAGGAGGACUUCCGGAUCCAUGUGACAGACAAGAAGUGGACUGAGCUGGAUACCAACCAGCACCGGACCCAUGCCAUGAGGCUCCUGGAUGGCUUGGAAGUCACUGCCAGGGAGAAGAGACUCAAGGUGGCUCGAGCAAUUCUCUAUGUUGCUCAAGGCACGUUUGGGGAGUGCAGCUCGGAGGCAGAGGUGCAGUCCUGGAUGCGCUACAACAUCUUUCUCCUCCUGGAGGUGGGCACGUUCAAUGCUUUGGUGGAGCUUCUGAACAUGGAAAUAGACAACAGUGCCGCCUGCAGCAGUGCUGUGAGGAAGCCUGCCAUCUCCCUGGCUGACAGCACAGACCUCAGGGUCCUGCUCAACAUCAUGUACCUGAUAGUGGAGACCGUUCAUCAGGAGUGUGAGGGUGACAAGGCUGAGUGGAGUACCAUGCGGCAGACCUUCAGAGCCGAGCUGGGCUCCCCGCUGUACAACAAUGAGCCAUUUGCCAUCAUGCUGUUUGGGAUGGUGACCAAAUUUUGCAGUGGUCAUGCCCCUCACUUUCCCAUGAAGAAAGUUCUCUUGCUGCUCUGGAAGACAGUAUUGUGCACACUAGGCGGCUUUGAGGAGCUGCAGAGCAUGAAGGCUGAGAAGCGCAGCAUCCUGGGCCUCCCCCCGCUUCCUGAGGACAGCAUCAAAGUGAUUCGCAACAUGAGGGCAGCCUCUCCACCAGCCUCUGCUUCAGACUUGAUUGAGCAGCAGCAGAAACGGGGCCGCCGAGAGCACAAGGCUCUGAUAAAGCAGGACAACCUAGAUGCCUUCAACGAGCGGGAUCCCUACAAGGCUGAUGACUCUCGAGAAGAGGAAGAGGAGAAUGAUGAUGACAACAGUCUGGAGGGGGAGACGUUUCCCCUGGAACGGGAUGAAGUGAUGCCUCCCCCGCUACAGCACCCACAGACUGACAGGCUGACUUGCCCCAAAGGGCUCCCGUGGGCUCCCAAGGUCAGAGAGAAAGACAUUGAGAUGUUCCUUGAGUCCAGCCGCAGCAAAUUUAUAGGUUACACUCUAGGCAGUGACACGAACACAGUGGUGGGGCUGCCCAGGCCAAUCCACGAAAGCAUCAAGACUCUGAAACAGCACAAGUACACGUCGAUUGCAGAGGUCCAGGCGCAGAUGGAGGAGGAAUACCUCCGCUCCCCUCUCUCAGGGGGAGAAGAAGAAGUUGAGCAAGUCCCUGCAGAAACCCUCUACCAAGGCUUGCUCCCCAGCCUGCCUCAGUAUAUGAUUGCCCUCCUGAAGAUCCUGUUGGCUGCAGCACCCACCUCAAAAGCCAAAACAGACUCAAUCAAUAUCCUAGCGGACGUCUUGCCUGAGGAGAUGCCCACUACAGUGUUGCAGAGCAUGAAGCUGGGGGUGGACGUAAACCGCCACAAAGAGGUCAUUGUUAAGGCCAUUUCUGCUGUCCUGCUGCUGCUGCUCAAGCACUUUAAGUUGAACCAUGUCUACCAGUUUGAAUACAUGGCCCAGCACCUGGUGUUUGCCAACUGCAUUCCUUUGAUCCUAAAGUUCUUCAAUCAAAACAUCAUGUCCUACAUCACUGCCAAGAACAGCAUUUCUGUUCUGGAUUACCCUCACUGCGUGGUGCAUGAGCUGCCAGAGCUGACUGCGGAGAGUCUGGAAGCAGGUGACAGUAACCAGUUUUGCUGGAGGAACCUCUUUUCUUGUAUCAAUCUGCUUCGGAUCUUGAACAAGCUGACGAAGUGGAAGCAUUCAAGGACAAUGAUGCUGGUGGUGUUCAAGUCAGCCCCCAUCUUGAAGCGGGCCCUAAAGGUGAAACAAGCCAUGAUGCAGCUCUAUGUGCUGAAGUUGCUCAAGGUACAGACCAAAUACUUGGGGCGGCAGUGGCGAAAGAGCAACAUGAAGACCAUGUCUGCCAUCUACCAGAAGGUGCGGCAUCGGCUGAACGACGACUGGGCAUAUGGCAAUGAUCUUGAUGCCCGGCCUUGGGACUUCCAGGCAGAGGAGUGUGCCCUUCGUGCCAACAUUGAACGCUUCAACGCCCGGCGCUAUGACCGGGCCCACAGCAACCCUGACUUCCUGCCAGUGGACAACUGCCUGCAGAGUGUCCUGGGCCAACGGGUGGACCUCCCUGAGGACUUUCAGAUGAACUAUGACCUCUGGUUAGAAAGGGAGGUCUUCUCCAAGCCCAUUUCCUGGGAAGAGCUGCUGCAGUGAGGCUGUUGGUUAGGGGACUGAAAUGGAGAGAAAAGAUGAUCUCAACGUACCUGCAGGACUGUCCUAGUUCAUUGCUGCAGUGCUCCCAUUCCCCACCAGGUGGCAGCACAGCCCCACUGUGUCUUCUGCAGUCUGUCCUGGGCUUGGGUGAGCCCAGCUUGACCUCCCAUUGGUUCCCAGGGUCCUGCUCCGAAGCAGUCAUCUCUGCCUGAGAUCCAUUUUUCCUUUACUUCCCCCACCCUCCUCUCUUGGAUAUGGUUGGUUUUGGCUCAUUUCACAAUCAGCCCAAGGCUGGGAAAGCUGGAAUGGGAUGGGAACCCCUCCGCCAUGCAUCUGAAUUUCAGGGGUCAUGCUGACGCCUCCCGAGACACACAAAUCCUUGCUUUGUCAGCAUGCGAAGGAGGAGAGUUUAGGAUUAGGGCCAGGGCCAGAAAGUCGGUAUCUUGGUUGUGCUCUGGGGUGGGGGUGGGGUGUUUCUGAUGUCAUUCCAGCCUCUUGCUACGUUAUAUCCAGAAGUAAUUGCGGAGGCUCCUUCAGCUGCCUCAGCACUUUGAUUUUGGACAGGGACAAGGUGGGAAGAGAAGCUUCCCUUAACCAGAGGGGCCAUUUUUCCUUUUGGCUUUCGAGGGCCUGUAAAUAUCUAUAUAUAAUUCUGUGUGUAUUCUGUGUCAUGUUGGGGUUUUUAAUGUGUUUGUGUAUUCUGUUUACAUUAAAAAGAAGCAAAAAUAA